AUGCAGAAAAAUAGACAUGCAAGAAAUAACAAGGAUAUGGUGAAGGAUCAAGUGAUUCACAUUUUUACUCCUGAGAAACCAGUUGUGAUGAUAAAAGUUUUGACCGACAACCCCCUUCAUCCUGUAGUCAUUGUCACGAACAUCAAGAAUUACAUACGAAUCCUCCUUGAUACGGAUGACAACCAAUACAUAUCUUGGGCCAAACUUUUCAAGAUACACUAUCGUGCGUUCCAGGUUCUUGAUCAUAUCAUUCCACCUGCUUCAUCUACUUCUGCCAAAGAAAAAGAUCCUAAAGACGAUGAACAGUGGUCACACCUGGAUGCCAUUGUGUUACAAUGGAUAUACGAGAUGAUUUCUAAAGAUCUCCUCAUAACCAUUCUCUCGCCAGGAACCACCGCUUUCGCCGCCUGGAAGGCCAUUGAAAACAUCUUUAUAGACAGUAAACUAGCUCGUGCUCUCCACCUUCACCAGAAAUUAGCAAAUGUCAAGCUCGAAAACUUUCCUAACAUGGUGACAUAUUGCCAAGAAGUUAAAAAUCUUUCUGAUCAGCUAACUAAUGUCGAGGCUCCUGUAGACAAUCAACGGCUUGUUCUACAGCUUAUCUCCGGGCUCUCGGAUCAAUACGACAACAUCGCCACUCUUCUCCAACAAUCCACUCUGUUACCCAACUUCUACACCGCCCGCUCUAAACUUUGUCUCGAUGAAACCAAAAAAUCGUUGCAUAACCCACCCGUCACCGCCCUCACCGCCUCCAUCACCGCACCAACAGCGAACGCCGUCGGCACAACUUCCUCUGAUCAGCGAGACAACAUAACAUAUUCUCAGUCGCAGCAGCCCCGGUCCUCUGGUCGGGGCCAUUCGGAUGGAUCUUAUCGUGGGCGGGGUCGAAGUGGACAGGGCAGAGGACGGGGAUGCGGAUGUGGGCGCGAUUUCUCCUACUCCCAACAGCCUCCAUGGUAUUUCUGGAAUGAACCAACAUGGACCACUCCACCGCUCCUUAUCCCACUGCACCACAAUAGCGAUACCCGAUGA